AUGAGAAGACCAGGCUUUGGCACUGGUGGUGGUGAAGAAGAUGAUAAGGACGAUGAUUUUGUUAAAAUUGGUACACCAUUUGAUCCCACAGCACCGGCAACUAGUACAUCGAUUGUAGCAACAUUAGGACGGAAAGCAUCAAGAUUAGUCGAUCUGAGUGCAUCGACAAUGGGUUACGAUGGAAAACGUUUUCAUGGAGCAUUUACGGGUGGAUUUUCAGCUGGUUUUUAUAAUUCUGUUGGAUCUGUCGAAGGAUGGCGGCCAAGUGAAUUUGUAUCAUCAAGAACAAGUCGUGCCGAGAAGCGUUCAUUUGAUCCGGAGCAUUUUAUGGACGAAGGCGAUUUUGGUGAACAUGGAAUCAAUCCAAAACAAAUUAAAGUUCGAAAUACAUUCGAACAGAAUAGCUCAUCGUCAGCAGGUCCUACUAAAACUUCAGUAUCAACAAAUAAUGAUAUUCUACGUGAUAUGAUUAAAAUUAAAACUGCAUCGAUUGGAAAGAAAAUUUUGAUGACUAUGGGUUGGAAACCAGGACAGGGCGUUGGCGCUCAUAUGAAACGAAAACAUCGUCGAAAAUUAAAAACAUCAUUAAUACAACAACAAAAUCCAAUGAAUGGUGUCAAGAUUUAUGGCGUUGCACUACCGCCAACACUUUCGUUUUUUGGAGAGGAGAACGACGAAGAGGAUGAAGAAAAUGACAGUUAUGCAAAUAUUCCACUGCCGCCAUUGGACUACGAAAUUCAUUUUCAACCAGCACAGAAAAAUGAACAUCAUGGUAUUGGGUAUAAACCACUGGAAUCAUUGAAUCUAUUUGGACAUGAUAAUUUAUUUGUACAGCCAUCAGUUGAAAAACAAAUUACUAAUGUUAAAAUAAGAGGACAGGCAUUUGGUGUUGGAACUGAAGAAGACGAAGAUGACAAAGAUUUGUAUGCUCAAGAUGAUUUAAAACAGUACGACUAUGAACUAACAUCGUUGAAUUCAUCUGACGAUAUUCUACGUAAAACAACGGAAAAAAAUAAUUUUACAUUAAAGUUUAUUCGUUAUCAGACUCCUUUAAAACCUAUUGUAUAUUCACCACCCGAAUUACCAAAAGAUUUCAAUCCAGUACAUCGUUUUAAAUCAUUAUCAAUAUCAGAACAGUCUACUCCUACCCCUAAUAAACUUGAUCCACAUGUUCGUGGAUUAUUACUGGGUGAUUUAUCGUUUCUCUCACAACCACCUCCAGUAGUGCCAUCAAAGCCUACUAGUGCUGCACCAUUAGAAUGGGAUGUUGAAAAGGAUCGUUCAGUAAAUAAUAAAGAACAAGAAACUAGUGCAAAAUCAAAUUUUUUGAAUGCCGUUAAAGAUCGUUUUACAUCAUCAUCGACACAAGAACAUUUUACAAAAGAACAGUCGAGCAAUGCAGCCAUGGAGGCUGAUUUAAAGAAGGCAUCAUCAUUGAAACUAUACGGUGAUUUGACGCGUUCAUGUAUCGACUGGAAACCGAAUCCAUUAGUUUGUAAACGAUGGAAUAUUCCAAAUCCAUAUCCAGAUUCAUCGUAUGACGAAUCAACCGUUUCAAAAAAAGCAAGGCGUCAGUUGUGUUCCAAUUUAUUUGAACAUUUAUUUGAACCGAGUUCAAAUCCAACUGAACAAGCACAGCUCAAUGAACAACCGUUGCCAACAUCUUAUACACAAGAAGCAAUACCGCCAAAAUCAACAGGACCACCACCGUUGCCAUUUGCACCAAUUGAACCAUUUGGCCAGGAAAAACAAGAGCGUCCACCACUAGACUUUUUUAAAGCUGUAUUUGGUACUGACGAUGAUAUUGAACAAGAAGAUACGGAGGAAGAAGAGAAGAACGAUGAAUCAAUUCCAAUACCAUUACCUAUUACCACUAGUUCAAUUUCAUUCGAUAGUGCAAAACAGACGGAUAAUCAAUUCGAAAGUAGUUCGUCAGAUGAUUCAGAUAUUAUCGAAGUGACAACAUCAAAACAAGAUCCCUCAAUCUCAACGUAUUAUGGACCCGUCUUGCCUUCACAAACAUCCACAAAACAGGGUGAAAACACUAUUCCUCUGACGAAACUAGAUAAUAACGAAUUGAUUUUGACAAAAUUGUUAAAUGCAAGUGCGAAAUUUGAAGAAAAAAGGCAUAAAAAAAAGAAGAAACAUAAAAAAGUAAGUUGACUAUUCCUGUCAAUUUUAUCAUCACUACCACUAACGUGUAAUUAUAUUUCUUUAAUUUUAGGCUAAAAAACAUAAACAUAAAAGGAAUGAAAAGUGAACUGAAAAAUGUUUGAUGCAAUUUGUUUGUAAAUUAUUUUGGAUCUCGUUUGAAUUUUUUUGUUUUUCGUAUAAAUGUCUUGUUUUAUAAUGAAUCAAAUUGAGACAUGUAUUUUGUGUACAUCGAUCGUCACUGUCGAGCUCUCAUCAGCCCUCCAUCGAGAAACCGAUAGAAUGACGGUUUCAUUUAUAUAUGUGCGAUUGAUUGAUUUUUUUCGCUAUUAACGUAAAAGAUGAGUAGUUAAUAAAUUCAUUUUGUUCACCAUGAAUAUAAGAAAUUCAUAGUGCUAGUGGAUAGGUUCUAGUUGAGACGCAGGACAGAAGCUAUCUCAUGAAAGUGAUUGAUAUCUCUCAAAGAUAUAGUGAGUGGUAUGAUGAUCGCUGUCCAUAGGAAAAAAAGACAGGUUUUAUGUUGAAAUGUGUUUUUUCAAGAAAAUCUAGGAUCGAUAGUCGAUAGCGUUUUUUUAUCUGUUUCGGAAUCAUACGCUAAGUACAAACGUAUCAAAGUAUAAAAACAUAUCUGAUUCCCUUUUACUGUGUUCAGAUUUGCCCACUUCUUGUCAUUCUCUCUCUUCCUAUUGGUUCUAUAAGGUCAUUUAAAUCUAAAACGAUCUAUAUGUAAAAGCCUCUUUAAAAGUUUAACUUACUUUUAGUGCUUAUCAUAUUCUUAGCGGCCUACAGUAGUUGCCUUAGUGAGAUACAAUAUAGCAAUACAAUAUAGCUCAAAGCUUCGUAUUUCAGAGAUGGGCGAGUACGAGUGUACACUCGUACUCGAGUACAAAAUUCCUAGUACUCAUACUCGUACUCGGGACUUUUGUGGAACUCCCUCACUAUCUUCGAAGAAAAGGGAGUAACAGUUUUAUACCCUAAAAGCUGGUUUUUAGGAUGAAUGAAUAAAUGAAUUUAUUUUUGUAAGGAACACAAAGAGAUUACAAGAAAGCUAGAGCUUGUUUGAAUGUAACACCAGAUCGAAUAAAAUCUCACACACGCACACACACAUAGCAAACAUUUAGACAGUAAAAAGACGUUGUUUUAAUACAGUUAAAAAUGCUCUUAGCGUAUUCUGAUGAACAACAGUACAAGGUAAUUUGUUCCAGUCCUCUAUAGUUUUCGGCACAAAAGAACCGGAAGCAGAUUUUAAGGUGAAGUUCUUGCGCUGGACCCGUUUGUUAUGUGAGUUUCUCUCAGUUUGACGGGUGGAUAGACGACUAGUAAGACUGCUAUGAGAAAGAGCACUGCAACCAUGGUAAAGUUUAUAGAAAUAAACUAAACGUG